GACACACAAGCAGGAAUAUCUCAGAAGGACAUCUAAUGUUAUCCCCGGAUUGUGACAUAAAAGAUAAUGACAGUAGACAGGAUUGUCCAGGAGCUAACCCCAUUACCCCAAUUAUACAUCCAGCUUUGUCAGCUGAUCCCUCUGAUCCUGGGAAAUGUUCUCCUGAUCACUCUGAUAUUGGUGCAUCUGUUACAGCUCUGAGAGUAGAUACAGUGUUUCCCUGUUCUAUAGAUGCCAAAUGUUUUACACAGAACACAGAGCUUAUUACCCAUCAGCCAGCUAAGGCAAGGGAGAGGCCAUUUCCAUGUUCUGAGUGUGGGAAAUGUUUUACAUACAAAUCAGCUCUUGUUACACAUCAGAGAAGUCACACAGGUGAGAAACAAUUUCCAUGUUCUGAGUGUGGGAAAUGUUUUGCACAGAAAUCAGAUCUUGUUAGUCAUAACAGAAGUCACACAGGUGAGAGGCCAUUUCCAUGUUCUGAGUGUGGAAUUUUUUUUGCACAAAAAUCACAUCUUGUUAAACAUCGGAGAAGUCACACAGGUGGAAAGCCGUUUUCUUCCUCUGAGUGUGGGAAAGGUUUUGCACAAAAAUCAGAUCUUAUUAAUCAUAACAGAAGUCACACAGGUGAGAAUCCAAUUACUUGCUCUGAGUGUGGGAAAUGUUUUACAUGGAAAUCACAACUUGUUAUACAUCAGAGAAGUCACACAGGUGAGAAGCCAUUUCCAUGUUCUGAGUGUGGGAAAUAUUUUGCACACAAAUCAGAUAUUGUUAAACAUCAGAGAAGUCACACAGGUGCAAAGCCAUUUUCUUGCUCUGAGUGUGGAAAAUGUUUUACACAGAAAUCACAUCUUGUUAGACAUCAGCAAAGUCACACAGGUGAGAAUCCAUUUCCAUGCUGUGAGUGUGGGAAAUGUUUUCAACACAAAUCAGCUCUUGUUAUACAUCGCAGAAGUCACACAGGUGAGAAGCCAUUUCCAUGUUCUGAGUGUGGGAAAUGUUUUGCACACAAAUCAAAUCUUGUUAUACAUCAGAGAAGUCACACAGGUGCAAAGCCAUUUUCUUGCUCUGAGUGUGGAAAAUGUUUUACACAGAAAUCACAUCUUGUUACACAUCAGCAAAGUCACACAGGUGAGAGUCCAUUUCCAUGCUGUGAGUGUGGGAAAUGUUUUCAACACAAAUCAGCUCUUGUUAUACAUCACAGAAGUCACACAGGUGAGAAGCCAUUUCCAUGUUCUGAGUGUGGGAAAUGUUUUGUACGCAAAUCAAAUCUUGUUAAACAUCAGAGAAGUCACACAGGUGAGAAGCCAUUUUCUUGCUCUGAGUGUGGGAAAUGUUUUACACAGAAAUCACAUCUUGUUAUACAUCAGCAAAGUCACACAGGUGAGAAUCCAUUUCCAUGCUGUGAGUGUGGGAAAUGUUUUGCACACAAAUCAUCUCUUGUUAGACAUCAGCAAAGUCACACAGGUGAGAAGCCAUUUCCAUGUUCUGAGUGUGGGAAAUGUUUUGCACAAAAAUCAGAUCUUGUUAAACAUCAGAGUAGUCACACAGGUGAGAAGCCUCUUUCUUGAUCUGAGUGUGGGAAAUGUUUUACACGGAAAUCACAACUUGUUAUACAUCAGAGAAGUCACACAGGUGAGAAUCCAUUUCCAUGCCCUGAAUGUGGGAAAUGUUUUGCACACAAAUCAGAUCUUAUUAGUCAUAACAGAAGUUACACGGGUGAGAAUCCAAUUACUUGCUCUGAGUGUGGGAAAUGUUUUAAAUGGAAAUCACAACUUGUUAUACAUCAGCGAAGUCACACAGGUGAGAAGCCAUUUCCAUGUUCUGAGUGUGGGAAAUGUUUUACAUGAAAAUCACAAUUUGUUACACAUCAGAGAAGUCAGUCAGGUGAGAAGCCAUUUUAAUCCUCUGGAGUAUACUUAUUGCCAUGCGUUGUUCUUCAAGGUUCUUAUCCUAUCUCCUAUGCUUUUUGCAAUAAUACAUGCUACCGCAGGGUGAAAUAAUCAGAUGUCAUGCCCUCAUCUACCACUGCUAUGCAGAUCUGUCUUUUGCUCCGGGUACUGAGAACCCAGUACCAAUCCUAAAUGUCUAGCUGAGCUCCAGGUGUGGUGGGUGAUGCCAGUUGGCUGUGACUCAGUCCUGGUGAAACAGGUCCUUAUGAUAGAAGCUCACCAACAAAGGGCAGGGCUACAGCUCAACUUUGUGAACCAACCAGGCUUGCGCUUGGGGGUUCAGAGUUACAAAAUGCUGAUAAUGGGAGUCAUUCCGAGUUCGUUCGUUGCCGAUUUUCGCUAUGCUGCAAUUAGUUGCAAAUUGCGCAUGUGAAAGGCACGCAGGGCGCAUGCGCUUAGUUAUUUAACACAAAACUUAGCAGUUUUGCUGUGGCUUCUGCGGCGCUUUUCAGUCGCACUGGUGUUCGGUAAAUGAUUGACAGGAAAGGGGAGUUUCUGGGUGGUAAGUCUGCGUUUUACAGGCGUUUGCAAAAAAAACGCAGGCGUUUCAGGGAAAACGCGGGCCGAACGCAGGGCGUGUUUGUGACGUCAAACCAGGAACUAAACAGACUGAGCUGAUCGCAAUUCGUGAGUAGGUUCGCAGCUACUCAGAAACUGCAAAGAAUUAUUUAGUAGCAAUUCUGCUAAUCUUAUGUUCGCAAUUCUGCUAAGCUAAGAUGGUAUCCGGACUCCAGGUCGACAACACAAAGGUCGACACACCUUAGGUCGACAUGGACAAAAGGUCGACAUGAGUUUUUC